ACCGGGCACUCGGCACCUGUGGCGGCGGCCAGAGUGCACUCGGCGGGCGAGGGGCGAGUGCCGGGCGGCGUGCCUGUUUGGCUGAAGCGUGCGAUGGCUCCUCCGGGGCUGGUGCCGGGGCUGGGGGCUCGCUGCCGGACCCUGUACCCCUUCUCCGGGGAGCGGCACCGGCAAGGGCUGCGCUUCGCGGCCGGGGAGCUGCUCACCGUCCUGCAGGCGGGGCCCGACGGCGGCUGGUGGGAAGGCGAGACCGCCGAGGGGCUCCGCGGGUGGUUCCCCGCCAGCUACGUCCAGUUGGUCGAGAAACCUAGGAAGAUUAUUUCACAAGGAGGAGAAGACGCUCAAAAUGGCCACCUCCCACCUGGUUGGCAAAGUUACAUGUCUCCCCAGGGCCGAAGGUACUACGUGAACACUUUUACUAAUGAGACUACUUGGGAGCGGCCGAGUAGUGUGCCUGGGACCCCAAAGAGCCCUGUGACCCAGAAGAAUUCCUUGCCUACAGUGAAUGGAUAUCACAUACCAGGGACUCUGGUUCCCCAACUAGAAUCAAGCCACAUGAGUCUCCGCAAAGUUGGCAAUGACCCCCAGAGUCCGGGGUCCCCAUCACCUACUCGGAAGCAGAACAAGGAGACCACCUUUACGAUAAACUGCGUGACUUUCCCCCACCCAGACGCAAUGCCAGAACAGCAGUUGCUGAAACCUUCCGAAUGGAGCUACUGUGAUUAUUUCUGGACUGAUAAGAAGGAUCCUCAAGGAAACAGUACGGUCUCGGGAUUUGAAAUUCUUCUCCAAAAACAGCUGAAGGGAAAGCAAAUGCAGAAAGAAAUGGCUGAAUUUAUUCGGGAAAGGAUAAAGAUUGAAGAAGAAUAUGCCAAGAACUUAUCCAAAUUAUCACAAAGCUCCUUGGCUGCCCAGGAAGAAGGGACACUCGGGGAGUCAUGGUCUCAGCUAAAGAAAAGCCUGGCUGAUGAGGCAGAGGUUCAUCUCAAGUUUUCUUCCAAGCUCCAGGGUGAAGUGGAGAAACCCCUGCUCAACUUCCGUGAAAACUUCAAGAAAGACAUGAAGAAGUAUGACCAUCAUAUUGCUGAUUUGCGGAAGCAAAUGGUUAGUCGGUAUGCAGCAGUAGAAAAGGCCAGAAAAGCGUUAUCAGAGAGACAGAAGGAUUUAGAGUUGAAAACACAACAGUUGGAGAUAAAACUCAGCAACAAGACAGAAGAGGAGAUUAAGAAGGCCAGACGGAAGUCUACUCAAGCUGGAGAUGAUCUCAUGCGCUGUGUGGACCUGUAUAAUCAAGCUCAGUCAAAGUGGUUUGAAGAAAUGGUGACCACCUCUCUGGAACUUGAGAGACUAGAAGUGGAGAGGGUGGAGAUGAUUCGGCAGCACCUUUGCCAAUAUACACAGUUGCGGCACGAGACAGAUAUGUUCAACCAAAGUACAGUAGAACCUGUGGAUCAGUUGCUUCAGAAAGUGGAUCCAGCCAAAGACAGGGAACUGUGGGUCAAAGAACACAAAACUGGCGAUAUCAGGCCUGUGGAUAUGGAGAUAUAGACUGCUGCCGCUGGCUGUAAGUGGUGGGCCUCUCUCGCUCAGCCCAGUUGGAAGGGAGUCCUGGAAAGCGUCAAGAAGGCGGGACAAGAGAGAUGUCCCACUGUCAGCUUCCUUAUAUAUUUAUUAUUGCCUGUACGGACUGUUUCUGUUUCGUCCGUUCAUUCUUCCAAUCCCCUAUUGUGCCAUGCCUUAAACAUCAAACAUUCCAGGGUUGAGAAGCCAACUCUUUUUACUUCCUUUCAAAACAGGCUGCCAGCAGGGGUGGCUCAAAACAGUACCGCUGGACCUGUUUUCUGGGUACAAAGAGAGUUUUGCUAUGUUGUGAUUAACUAUGCUGUGCUACUCUCCUUGCAUGAUGCUCUGUUUUGUGGAGUAACAAUAAGAUGCAGGAAGCCUCUGCCAGACAUGAGAGGGGUGAAUUUGAAUGUGGAAACAGGGAGAUGGUUGCGAACGUUGCCACUGAAUUUUGUGGGAAUGAGGAAACAGUUAGGAAGGCUACGCCUUCACUCCUCUUCCUCCUCUGCUUAUGAAACAGAAUUCAUAAUGCUUACCUACCUCACAGGGUUGUUGUGAGGCUAACAGUAAAACCUGUACAAUAUUAAACAACAAAUCCAGUUCUCAAAACUAGAAAUGCCAUUGCAAGGCUGUAAUUGGAUGGUUUUGCCUAUUUCAGUAAAGGAGGUAGCGAGUUAGGAGAAAGUGGGCCCAAAGAACAGCUGCUUGGGUUGGCCCUUUUUGUACUCCGUCUCAGGUACUUGUUGGCUUCACCCCUCAAGCCACUUACUCUCAUGGGAACUUAUGGACCAUCCACAUUGCAGAAUUAUAGCCGUUUGAAACCAUUUUAACUGUAAUGGCUUCAUCCUAUAGAAUUCUGGGAUUUGUAGUUUGUAUUGUUGAAGGCUUUCAUGGCCGGAAUCACUGGGUUGUUGUAGGUUUUUCAGGCUGUAUGGCCAUGUUCUAGAAGCAUUUUCUCCUGCCUGCAUCUAUGGCAGGCAUCCUCAGAGGUUAUGAUGUCUCACAACCUGUGUUGAUGCCUGUCACAGAUGCAGGCAAAACGUCAGGAGAAAAUGCUUCUAGAACAUGGCAGUACAGCCUGAAAAAUCUACAACAACCCAGAUUUGUAGUUUGUUGUGGCACCACAGCUCCCUGACGUAGAAGGACAAAUAUCUCACGAAUUACAGACCCCAGAGUUCCAUGGCAGUUAAUGUGGUGUCACACUGCUUUAAUUCUGCAGUGUGGAAACAGCCUUACUGAGGAAGUGGGCUGAGAACUGCAACCAUUAUUACUUACCCUCAAGUUGAAAUAAAGACCCUCCAAUGAAUAGAUUAAGGACACAUUACUUAGGUUUGAUUUUUGUACAGCAGGUUUUUCUCCCAGUACCGUUGAAUGCUUUGCUUGGAAAAUUGUCACCAAAUCCAAUUGAUCAAAUCAUAACUCAAGUUUCAUUUAUCAUCAAAUGGCUUACAGUGUGCCAGCUGUGGGGGGUCAGGAUGACUUAGUUAGAGUGGCUUAUUUCAAAAACACCCAAUUGUGCCACAUUAAUUCUUGUGCAACUGCCACUGAAAUAUUACAGUACAAUUUGGUCUUGAGGAAAACCGAAUUCUGUUUAAAUAUUUCUGUGGCAGUUAACAUGUUUUUGACAGGCACUUGAGCCUCUGCACCAUAGCAGCCAUUUUCAAGGGUGUUUCAAUUUACCAGUCCAUGUUAAAUCCUCCCACAGGAUUAAGAUUCAAAUACUCAUUGGCUUUGGGUUGGAUGACCCCAAAACAGCACAAACAAGUAUAUGAACCCAGCCAAAGAUGAAUCAUAAAGCUAUAUCACUGAAUCAUGAUGUUCCUGCAAGGACUUACUCGUUCAUCCUGAGCUCUUGCAUGUUGGAAGAAAACCAUUUGUCUUGCUCUUGCCUUGGUGUUUAUAUAAAACAAAUAUUUGUUUCAUGUUA